AUGGGAGACUCCUACGACGAACUCGAGGCGUUCUUCGACGAGCCAGCCCGCGCAGAGAUCUGGCGCCCCUUCAAGUCUAUCGAGCGUUACGCGUAUUACAUCUGCAAGAAGUCUAUACGCGUCGGUGUUCAAGCCCUACACCGCAUCAAACGGCUUGUAUGCGUGCGCGACGCCGACUCGAUCUUCGAAGACCUCGAGAAAGAUCCCGCAUCGACACCCGAGCGACGCAGUGCAGCGCUUCUCCUACACUGCUACCACCUCCAUCCAGUCUCAGGCCCCAACGAUACUCGUGAAAACGUCUUCAACCCUACCCUCCUCAUCCAUCCCUCUCCAUCACGACAGCUCGUUCACGACGAUCAUGGCUGGCCCGACACGCACGGCUCGAACAUCACGCACUACUACGUCGUCGAACACAACGCAGAAACCGGAAGCACGCACACGCCUUCAAGAUCCGUUCCUCGCCUCGGUCAAUGCCGAGACGGCGCCACCACCCUCUGGCGCAUCCCGGGACGAUCUCCAGGACUUUUCUUUGGCUACGCAGACAGCAACGUGAUACUCGAUCCCGGCGACUGCGAGCUGUAUGGGGUGUUUGAGCGCCUUCGAGCGCACAUGAAGCAUUUCCGAGAGGGUGGAAGAUACAGGCGAACCGCCAGCAUCAAGAACUUGCGAGGAGACGCAUACGGCGUGAUGCUAUUGAACGACCUACGAUUACGCGUAUACUGGUAG